AUGAAUACAGGAUAUAUUAAAAUAGUUUUUUUACUUUUAAGUUUGGUUGUAUAUGGAAAUAAUAAAGCCCUUGCAACCGAACCUGAAUCAGUCGCUAAUCCUCUACGCCGAUUUGCUAGGCGUAAUAAUGCUCGAAAAAAUGCUAUAUUAAUCAAAAAUGCUCCCCCAUAUAUUUUUUCAGCUGCAAUAUAUGAACAAAAUAAGAGGCGAUUAUGUACAGAUUACAGUGAAACUAUACAAGCAAAUGAUCUUAUGGGGAAAGCUGUAGCACAUCUCUUGUACUAUGCAAAUAUUAGAGAGCCAUACACUUUAUAUAGGGAAUAUGACAGUGGUGCAACUUUAUAUUCUAUGAGAGCUCAAGACGAUUCAAGCAUUGACAAACUUCAUCUUAAAGUUUCCCAUCCAAAUAAGUAUCAUGAAAUAAUAAACACGCUAUGGAGUUCCAAUAUUUGCAAAGAUUCCGAAAAAAUUGUCCGUGUAUAUGAUCCAAAUUUAGUAAUGGUACAACAUCGUAUAAAAAAUGAUAUUCGAUCAUUCCAAGGAUAUUUUUAUGCUUUAUCCGCAAAAGCUGAAAUAUCACGUGACACAACUAUAAUUGUCUACGCAUCAGCAAAUAUAAAUGAUCAUAACAGUCUCAACCAAAACCCCUGUACAAACACUAUCUUAAAAGAAGCUAACUCAUUCAAAACUGAUAUAAAUUCUGAAAUGGAUAUUAGAAAUGGAGAACUCUCAAAAUUGUUUGUUAACUUAUCCGGAUAUCUCAUUAAAAAAAACAGCGACCAUAUUGAUCUUAUCUACAUCAAUUCUAUGCGUAUUACUGAUCCCAAUGAUCCCCCUUUCAUUACUUACGCAAUUAAUAUUGCAAAGCACGCGAUGCUUAUUAAGUUAAGAGACAAAAUUAGUGAGGAAUAA